AUGAGUUCCGACUACUCAUACGAUACCGAGGCUCAAUUCUUCCCCUUCUUCAUCCUCACCCUCUCCGGCCUCGUCACGCUCCCGCUGACGUACUCGCUCCUACGCAGCGGCAGCGACGCCGGCAAGCAGGCGCCGGCCAUCCAGACCGACUACAAGCACACGCAUGCCAACGUUGUCGAUGCGCUGCGAGCCACGCAGAAGCGCAAGCAGCGCCGGAUCAAGCGCGCCAUUGUCGCCAUCGCCGGCUGGGCCCUCAUGGGCGCCAUGACCUACCUCAUCAUGACGACGACGCCCGUCGUCCACAAGCUCUGGAACCCCUAUGACAUUCUCGGCAUCUCAGACUCAUUGGAUGAGAAGCAAAUCAAGAACCACUUCCGAAAACUAUCCAUCAAGUUCCACCCUGACAAGGUCCGGCCCGACGCCGCCAAGAACGAAACGGUCGAGUCGCUCAACAACCACUAUGUCGAGCUCACCAAGGCGUAUCAAGCCCUCACCGACGAGGAGAUACGCAACAACUACAUCCAGUUCGGCCACCCCGACGGCAAGCAGAGCUUCAGUAUCGGUAUUGCGCUGCCGCAGUGGAUCAUAUCCGACGGUAACGGCAAGUUCCUCAUUCUUCUCUACACAGGUCUCCUCGGCAUCCUCCUGCCGUACCUCGUCGGCUCCUGGUGGUACGGCACGAUCCGCCGUUCCAAGGAGGGCAUCCUCAUGGAGAGUGCCAACAACCUGUUCCGCCAGUACGACGAGACCAUGGAUGAGGGCGGCAUCAUCGGCGCCCUCUCCGCCGGCAAGGAGUACGACCAGGUCCUCCGCGGCGACCUUGCCGAGUCUGGGCUCGCCAAGAUUGAAUCACGCAUCUCCGCAGCCGGAGAUGCCUCGCUCUUUGCGGCUGGCUUUGCCAUCAAGGACAAGCAGAAGCUCGAGGACCUCGAUAACGGUGUGCGUCGCAAGGCUCUGGCGCUCCUUUGGGCCUAUCUCGGCCGCGUCGAGCUCGACGAUGCCGCGCUCACCAAGGCCAAGUACGAGAUUGUCCCCAUCGCCCGCACUCUUAACAAAUCCUUUGCCGCCAUUGCGCUCGCCUACGGAAACAUUGGCCCUAUCAAUGGCUCAUUCCUUGCCAACCAGCACCUGAUCCAGGCCAUCCCUCCCAAGGCCUCGCCGCUCCUGCAGCUCCCGCACUUUACCCCAAAGGUCGCCAUGGAGGUGGAGGGCGACUCUAAGACGCACAUGACCGUCCAGCAGUUCAUGGACCUGCCCGACGCGCAACGCCGUCAGCUUGCCGUCGGCAGCGGCCGCCUCACGGAAGAGCAGUACAAAACUAGCGUCACCGUCGGCAAGCAAAUCCCCUACCUCCGCGUCGCAAAGGCCUUUUUCAAGGUCACCGGCGAGCGCUGCAUCAUCCCCUCGUCGCUCGUCAGCCUGGUCAUCAAGGGCCGCUUCAUCCCCCCGGGCACUGAAAAGGUCCCUGCCGUCAACGAGCUGGACCUCGAGGACGUGGACCCGGCCGAGGAUGACCUUGAGGCGCUCAUGGGUCGCAAGAAGAAGACAGUCAAGGGCCCCGACGGAAAGCCCGUCUCAGUCGAGGCGCAAACGUUCACCCCGCCCAAAGCCUUUGCCCCUCACUAUGCCCGGGAGCACACCCCCAAGUGGUACGCCUUCCUCAGUGACUCUAAGCAGGGCAAGCUCGCAGUUCCGCCCUUUAUCUUUGACCAAUUCGACCAGCCCAUUGUGGACGACAAUGGCAAGCCCACCUUUGCCAUGCAGACCCUCAAGGCCCAGUUUGCCGCCCCGCCCCAGGCCGGCCACUACACGUUUGUCAUGCACGUCGUCUGCGACUCGUAUGUCGGCUUCGACACCAAGAUGGAGGUGACACUCGUCGUCGAGGAGGCGAGCAAGGCCGCCGAGAUGGAGGCCGAGGACGACAUCAGCGAGCCUGAAGAGGAUUCCAUCGCUGGCCAGAUGAACGCCAUGAAGACUGGGCAGGCUCCCCAAUCGACGAGGCGGAAGAAGCAGUCGCAUGACGACGACGAUUCGGACGAGGAGAGUGGCACAGACGACGACGCCGAUGACACGAGCGACACUAACACAGAUACCGAGGACGAAUCAUAG